AUGAGUCCCCAUGGCCUUUGUCCGCCGGCUACACAAUCCACUGAUUAUGCGUACCCAGAAUCUCAUCCCCUCAGAUAUACCAACUUUCCGACCAGCAGGCGUGGCCUGUUGAGCGAUACCGACCAUGAAAGUGACGACGACGAUUACUACCACAACGACAACGAUUCGUUUGCCACAUAUUCUUCCGACGAAAUCAACAGGCGAGCGGUGGCUCUUUUCGAUUUUCUUCCUGAGAAUGACAACGAGGUGGCACUACGCGAGGGCCAGGUGAUAUGGAUUUCGUAUCGACACGGCCAAGGCUGGCUCGUUGCCGAGGAUCCAGAUUCUGGUGAGAAUGGGCUUGUUCCAGAGGAGUAUGUGGAGAUAUUCUAUGGUGACGACAACGAUGAACCCAAGCCAUUUGUUCCUCGGCUUUUGCAGGAGAUCCAAGGCGAGAGCGAAUGGGAGGACACCGAAGACGAGCAUUCUCUACAUCUGGUAGAUAAGGCGAUGGGCGAGACCUCCAUUAGCGAGAAGUCAUAG